ACCAUUCCCACGAUACCCUUGAACUUGUUUAACCCCCACGAACGAACCAUGCCGCCGGGAUUAACACGACUUCAAAUUGAGUAUGGCCCUUAAGGGGAGAGAUGUCAUUAUUGCUGGCAUCGUCUGCUUCUUCGCAUGGGGCUAUGCGACCAGCUGGUUUCCUGCCAUUCGAUGGGCCGGAUAUGCAUUCGUCAGCGGCGCUGUUGUAACCCUCUUGGGAUGUCUUCUCUUGCUACUGACUUCUCGAGGUUCGGUAUAUGGCCAACGAAACAGAUCGUCACGACCCAACGCAGUUACCUUCGCAGGUGCUGAAUCUUGGCACAAAGAAACCAUCGCCCUACGAAUCCGACAAACUUAUAUCAAAGCUCCCCUAUAUGCCGACUCUCCCGCUAUUUCGAACUCCCUCGACGAUUUACUUGAAUUGAUUGUACGAGAUUUCGUCAAGUCAUGGUACUCGCACAUAAGCAAAAACCCCGUAUUCGCAAACCAGGUGGAUAAGGCCAUAAGACAUGCGCUGGGUAGAAUCCGGGAUCGUCUUUUCGAGACGGAUUUAGUAGAGGUGGUAACAAGCAGAAUUGUCCCAAUAUUGACAGCUCAUUUUCGAGAUUUUUAUGAUGCUGAGAGGGCCGUUCGCGGUCGCAAGUUGAAUCGCGAUGUCACAGAAUCUGAAGAGCUGGAUUUGGCUAUCGCCGCAAAGUACAAUGAUGGCAAACUGCACCCUGCGGCCUCCCUUACCUAUUCAGAUACGAAGCUAGUACAGCAAGACCAUCUACGGAAUAUUGUUACUAAGGUCCUACCGAAAGUGCUCCCUGAAAAUCUGCUAGACAGUCGGGCCGUGUUCAGCAUAAUUCGCGAAAUUGUUGCCUGUGCUGUCUUGUUCCCUACCAUACAACUACUAUCAGAACCCGACACCUGGAACCAGGUUAUGGAGAACUAUGGUCGAAGUAUGUUGCAGGAUCGAUCAACGGUCCGUAAACUUCGUGCAGCGUUGGAUGCGCAUGCGUCGCCGACACCAAAGAGCUCUAAACCGGUAGCUUUCCCUCGACUGAGUCCAGGUGAUAGUGAGCGACGGUUUGAAAAGUUCAUACGAACAAUACGUAAACUUAAUAACCUGUCUGAUGCAAGGCGAUUCCGCAGUGAAGUAGCAAGUCAAUUGAAAAGAGACUCUCAGUACUCUGGUCAGGAUCAGAUUUACCUUCGCCGGCUAGAGAUGGGCAAGCGACUUCUAGAUCAAAGAGUUCAACAACUAGCAGCAGGCGGCGACGGGCGACAUAUACCCGUCUCGAGCCAUCCGUCGCCAAUUACGGGUUCUUCAAUGUUGGAGAAGGCAUCCUUAGUCGAGUUACUACGCGAUACGUCUGGUCUUUCUUAUUUCAUGGAAUACAUGGACAGACAAGGCUUGAUGUCCCUGGUACAGUUUUGGUUGGUCGUGGAUGGGUUACGAAAUCCCCUGGAAGAUGACGGGCCCGACGACGAACAUAUGCCUUCGACUUUGAGCCCCUGGGCAGAAUCGGAUCGCACAGACCUCGCCCAGAUCAAUCAAGCGUACCUAUCGAAGCCAGAACUUAAAGUAUCGGCUAGUUCACGAAGAGCUAUUCGUGAAUUUCUAGACGCUGGAAAGGCAGCUACCCCAGCGCAAUAUUACAAGGCACGCCGGGCUGUGCUCCGAACGCAAAGUGCUGUACUCGAAGACAUGCAAUCUAGGUUUCUUGAUGCCUUCAAGAAAUCGGACCUCUUCUACAAGGCUCUGGCAUCGGAAGAAGCCUCAAGGAAUAUCCCUCUAGCUCCACAACCUCAAGCUGGGCCUGCCACAAAUCCGCCGCUUCUUCGCGCAUCUCAGUCUUAUGCAUUAAAGCCCACACCUGUCGCGAAGCUUAACCCAAGAUUAAAUACAUCGAAUGGGCAAGUUAGACGAGGCCUUUCUGCCUCGGAUCUAAAAGUGACUACUGCAAGUACCAGCAAUGGCUCUGAUCCUUUGCUGGGCCACCGACGAUCUCUCGACGAUACGACUGCGUCACCGUUAUUCGAUGACGAUGAUCUGGAUCAUGAUCCGAUGGGAGACUCCAUAUUGAGUCUCGACCAGGAACCCUUAAGACCUGUGCCAGAUACUCAAGUCGUUCAAGCGAUGGAAGAGGCGCUUAAUAAUAUUAUGGAAGAUGACCGACCGCAAACCGCAGAAGAUCUUCGUGAGUCACUUUUUGGACAAGAUGAUGGGGCUUCAAGCCUGUUCUCAGGUCAAGACACUGGUUCGGGUAGGGUUUCGUUAGACCAACAACGUCCAAUACAAUCCGGAAAGGAAGUCGAGAAACCUAGUUUGGCAUCCCUUGGGCUUGUAAGUGCAGCAUCUAGAAUCGGCGUAUUCAUGGAUGAUGACCUCUUCGGAGAUGAAGAUAAGUUCUUGUCGGACGAACGUGAUGACCACAACGAAGAAGUAGAUGGUGACAUCGAGGACGAGGUCCACGAAGCCGCACCAGGUGAUUUAGGUCUUGCGGAGGCCAUUACGGUUCUGACCAAUGAUAUUGACCGACUUGCCGCGCAGGAGGCUGUUAUAGAAUCAUUAACGAAGAAAGCCGAGUUAACCAAUAAUACUGCUGAACUCCGGAUUUUACGAAAGUCUAAAGCAAGUUUGCAAAGAGAACUUCGACGAAAAGAAUUACAACGACAACAAUAUGUAAUCCAAGAAAGCGAUAAUAGUCUUUAUGGACGGGCGUUAAUUAAGAUCAAGUCUAUCCAAGUUGGACGAGAGGAGGAUGGUAAAGAAUUCGCCCUAUAUGUUAUUGAAGUGAAGAGGGACGCGGGCGAAAAGAUGCCAGCCGCCACUUGGAUUGUCACACGACGAUAUAGCGAAUUCCAUGAGCUUCACCAACAACUACGGCAUAGAUAUCCGUCAGUACGAAACCUUGACUUUCCGCGGCGGAGAAUGGUCAUGAAGCUCCAGAGUGACUUUCUUCGUAAGCGGCGCGACGCUUUGGAAUACUACUUAAGCCAAUUGCUUCUACUUCCAGAUGUGUGUCGAAGCAGGGACUUGCGAGCCUUCCUAUCGCAAAGUGUAAUCACCCAAGGAGAAGAUCUGAUGAAUCGUGAAGACAAGAAAGAUAUGAUCACUCGUCUAUACGAUUCCGUUGCAGAUGGCAUGGAAGAUAUCUUGGGGAAUAUACCCGUCCUAGACCAGCUUUCAUUAGCAGGUCAGAACCUUAUAGCGGCAGCAACAAGUCAGAUGAGUACAAUCCCACUAGGCGUCACGGAGGAUGCCAUAUCAACUGCUGAAGCUGAAGCCGAACUGAACGCAUUUGAGAACAAAGAACUAGAACCAUUCAUUAAACCAAUCUGCGAUAUCUUCCUCGAAGUUUUUGGUCUUAAUAGGGGAAAUAACUGGCUCCGGGGGCGAGCUGUCGUUGUUGUUUUGCAUCAAAUGCUGGGAGGCACAAUUGAACGAAAAGUGAGGGAUAACUUCAAGGUCUUAGUCCAGGAAGAUGCCAUUCUUAAGUAUAUCGACCUUUUGAAAAAUAGCAUGUGGCCUGGUGGACAACUCAACAGAAAUAAGCAACCAAGGACGUCUUCAGAAAAAGCACGGACUCGGAGAGAAGCAAGCUUGAUGCUGGCUACUCUUGUUCCAGAUUUAGCUGGAAAUGUGGUUGGACGACUGAAUGCUCAAGCGGCGAGUCGCAGGCUCUUUGCGACACUCAAUAACUCAAGACUAAACUCGCAUUUGGUUUUCACCAUUAUAGAUGAACUAGUUGACGUUCUGUUCAAUGAGACUUAACCCGCCCUAGUUUCGGGGCAUCGUCGUAUUUUUCUUCUACCCAGCACAGCAUAGCAUCGGCGUUCGGAUCGGUGGAUUUUAGGAUGUCGUCGAGGCAUCAAUGAAUGCUAUGAAUACCUUUUGAUGCUGCAUACAUACAUGCAAGGCGGUUGGCGGUGUACAGACCUCUUUUUUAUUUAUGUCUUUCCCGAGUAGAGACACUAAAAGUGAUACCGGCACACUGCAUCGAGCACCAUCGCGCGAGAUCAAAGUGAGGCGAUCACUUGUUACACCCAUGUCUGGGGUGGUAUGUACCUAUUUUAAAGCUGACGACGGCAACGCGAGGCGAGGAUGUACAUACACAGGUACCUAAGUCGGUACUCUGGCGCUUAUGUACUUACCUACCCGUUUAGGCAACUUAAUAUGCAAGCUAAAAGCUUCUUAGGUCAAGUGCUUUAAACUUGAACAUGGAAGCAAUCUUAAACAAACUAAAUUCAUGGAUAUAUUCUUUACACGUAUUAAAUACACAUUCGCACUUAUAACAAACAAUCAUUGACAAUUGGAACCUGUUAGGCAUCCAGCUACACACCAAAUUUUCUUCAAGCCUAAAAGAUGUGUAUCACACCUACACCGAGU